GAGCGGAGCUUGGUUCAGUGUACACUACUGGACCGGACCGAGGCGGGCGGGAAGCAUACUUGAAAGGCGGAGGAGAUGGGGGACAAAGAGAAAAGGAAGAAGGAUAAAAACUCCUCCAACAGCGACAGAGUCACUUUGAAAAAAGAAAUUGGACUUUUGAGCGCUUGCGCUAUUAUCAUCGGGAACAUCAUCGGCUCUGGAAUAUUCAUCUCUCCUAAAGGCGUGUUGGAGCAUGCAGGCUCGGUGGGGCUGUCACUCAUCGUCUGGGUUUGUGGUGGGGGGAUCUGUGCCCUUGGGUCUCUGUGCUAUGCUGAACUGGGUGUCACUAUUCCAAAAUCUGGAGGAGACUAUUCAUACGUGACAGAAAUCUUUGGAGGGCUAGUGGGCUUCCUGUUGUUAUGGAGUGCCGUCCUUAUAAUGUAUCCGACCACGCUGGCGGUAAUAGCGCUCACCUUCUCAAAUUACGUCUUGCAGCCAGCUUUCCCGGAGUGCCUGCCUCCGUACAUCGCCACCAGACUCCUCGCCACCAUCUGUAUCUUAUUCCUGACCUGGGUGAACUGCUCCAGUGUGCGCUGGGCGACAAGGAUCCAGGAUGUUUUCACUAUAGGCAAGCUCCUCGCUCUGGUACUGAUCAUAGUGGUAGGACUCGUCCAGAUCUUUAGAGGUCACUACGAUGCCCUGCGGCCGAGUGUGGCCUUUGAAUUCAGUUCGGACCCGUCAGUGGGACAGAUAGCGCUGGCCUUCCUUCAGGCCUCCUUCGCUUACAGCGGUUGGAACUUCCUCAACUACGUCACAGAGGAGAUCGUGGAGCCACGCAAGAAUCUUCCCCGUGCCAUCUACAUUUCCAUCCCACUGGUGACCCUCGUUUACACUAUGACCAACAUCGCCUACUUCUCCUCCAUGACCCCCGAAGAGCUGCUGGCUUCCAAUGCUGUGGCAGUGACAUUCGGACAAAAGCUGCUGGGGAUGUUUUCCUGGGUCAUGCCGAUCUCUGUAGCAUUGUCCACUUUCGGAGGAAUCAACGGAUAUCUAUUCACCUCCUCCAGAUUGUGUUUCUCUGGAGCCAGAGAGGGUCACCUGCCCUAUCUGCUGGCUAUGAUCCACUUGAAGAACUGCACCCCAAUCCCUGCCCUACUGGUCUGCUGCUUUGCCACUAUAGUCAUCCUGUGCAUCGGCGAGACACACAACCUGAUCAACUAUGUGUCCUUCAUCAACUAUCUGUCCUAUGGAGUAACCAUUGCUGGCCUCCUCUACCUCCGCAAGAAGAAACCUAACCUGCUCCGACCCAUCAAGAUUAGCAUGUUGAUCCCCAUCGCCUACCUGAUAUUCUGGGCUGUGCUGCUGUGCUUCAGUCUGUACUCUGAACCAGUGGUUUGUGGCCUGGGAAUGGUCAUCAUGCUGACUGGAGUCCCUGUAUACUUUGUGGGUGUUCAUUGGAAGGACAAACCCAAAUGGGUCUAUAGGGUAGUCGAAAAAGUCACAUACGUGGGCCAGAAGGUGUGUUAUGUGGUAUUCCCUCAGGAAGACCUUUCAGAGACUGAGCCCCUCACCUCCUCCAAAGCCACGGACUGAGCAGUGAAGUCACCCGGGAAUUCCCAUUUUGCAUCCACACCUGUACUUCCAGUUUUUCCCUCCCCUUUCUUCACAUUGGUCAGUUUGUGGAUGGUGAAGAGAUGUUUGUGUAGUGGCAUAUUGCAAACGUGCUGCCUAGAUACAGCCUCGAUUAAGCUCCAGUAUAAAAGAAGAGGAUUGUUACACCACUGGCAUUGGUGUGAGCUGAAGACUGUUUUUAUGUGAUGCUCGGUAUUGGUUCAGCAUUCACAUCACCAGUAUUCCAGCUCCCUAUUUCGGAUCUUCAUAUCAUCUUCUGCCUCACCUCCAAGAUUUUCAAUUUUAGAGACUUUAACUACAUCCUUGAGCUAAUGUGCCUUAUGAAAUGUAUGUGGUGGUAGAGUGUGUUGGUUUGUGCGGGUAUUUUGAUGAUGUAAUAACAUUUUUUGUGGUAAAUAUGCAAGCAGAUUCUGCACUUAGCAAUACUUCUCUAUUACUGCUGCGACCUUCGGCUAUUUUUCACUAAUUACCCACAAGAUGUUUACUGUUCGUCAAAUGUGGUUGAGUAAUUUUCUGUCUAUAUCUCUGCAUUGCUUCAUUAUCUUGCCAUUCUUUUGACUUUAGGCUUCUUUUUCUCUCUCUUUUUUAUUAGAUCAUACUGAAAUACUGUAGGUGCCCUCGUGUUGUUACUAGAGAGAUUAUCUAAACUACGCUCAUUGUUCCCAGCAAUAUUUACAGCUCAGGACAGAAAGGAAGAUGAUGGGAAGCUUGCAGCUAUCAGCUGGUGAAUAUCUGCAUCUCUCAGAAAUGAAAAAAGCUGCAUCACCUUUGAACUGCCUGUUCUGAGUUGGGAUUGUUCUUUUUUUUUUAACAAUGACUCUUUCAGGUGCUUGACCUGACAAGACAGCUAUUCAAUUUCAUAUUUCUCAUCUGAUAUGAUAAAGUGCUUAACAUUAAUAUGCAUGGGCCUGCUCCCACUUCCCCAAAGACAUAGCAGAACUAUCAUUACCCCAGGCCAACGUUUUAUAGAUCAACUCACUAUGGUACCUUUGAUUUAAUAUAGUUGAAUGUGUCUAUGGUUUUUCAGUGGACUCCUGUAGACUUAUUUUGAUCCCAUUGAAAUAGUUGCUCCCAAACACUCAUGGUCAAAUCGUCCUCAAUGGAGUUGCGCAACCACUACCUUAUGGAAUACCUCACAUCCCAAAUUAUUGUUUGCAUAGCAUUUACUCAAACAGUGUUACGUUGAAUUUGCAAAAAAAUGUUUUCGCAUGUCUACAAGCUGAAUAAAAAAACAUUAAUACGUCUGAUAAAUUUAAUCAAAUGAAGGCCACGUUUACCAAAAGCAAAUCUAAAAACACCUGUUCACAAACUCGCUUAGACCUUACCUUUCAAACCCGUUUUGCAUAAAAAGGCUAACACCUGCAGAAGUGCGCAACUUGUUUGUGCGUGAACUGUUUAUGCAAGCGUGUCUCCCAUUUUCUUAAACCCAUCAAGACUUUUGUCCAUUUCUUGGAUUGUUUCUUUACCACGGAAGCUUGUGAGAAAUGUAAAAUAACACAGGGUGAACAUUUGAAAGACAAAUGGUUAUUUUGGGGGUGAAGUAUUUCUCAAUACUGUGCUCCAAGUGAUAUUUGUUGUAUUUAAGUAGUAUCAUACAGCCCAUAAGCUUCCUUUUGUGUACAUACAACAGAACAUAUGAAGGUUUUUUUAACAAUGUAAACCAGCAUGUUGGAAAUUGAACAGUAUUUUCCUUUUCCAGCAAGAAUUCACUAAAAGACUCACACUUCAGAUAAUGUCUGUCUGCCAUGUCCAGGUGCUGUGUGUUCAGCUGAGAUCUGUAAAUACUAUGUACAGGAGAAAAAAACAGAUACAAAUGCGCCAGUGACUCUCAGAAAGAUCACAUUCCUUAGACAUGUUGUGAAACAUUUACAUACUGUGUACAACUGAUCGGUACACCUCUAUGUUUUGUAAAAGGGUGUAAAGAUGUGCAAAAAUAACAAUCUGAUUAACCUAUUAAAUAUAGCAACUUCUGAAA